AUCCUACAAGAAGGAGUGGAAAGCGCCCAGCGACGGCUCUUCAUAGAAGCCUUUGUUUCAACGGGCAAAGUGGAUAACAUUACCAUGGUGAUGGGACUACAUCCAGAAUACCUGACGAGCUUCUGGAAGACUCAGUACCUCUUGUUGAGGAUGGAUGGGCCACUGCCGUAUCACAAGCGCCACUACAUCGCUAUCAUGGCAGCUGCCAGGCAUCACUGUUCCUACCUGGUUGGCUUCCACAUGGGGGAGUUUCUCCAGGUAGGAGGGGACCCAGCCUGGCUGCGAGGUUUGCAGUAUGCCCCGCAGAAACUCAGGAACCUGAAUGAAAUCAACAAGAUCCUGGCUCACCGGCCUUGGUUGAUCACCAAGGAGCACAUUGAGGCCCUGCUAAAAACUGGGGAAAACAGCUGGUCUCUAGCCGAACUCAUCCAGGCUUUGGUCCUGCUGACACACUACCACUCGCUCGCCUCCUUCGUGUUCGGCUGCGGCAUCAACCCGGAGCUUGACCAGGAAGCUGGGCAUGUCUUCCGACCACCUUCGCCACGCAGCUGCGACAGCAGCCCUAGCUCGGAAGAUGGGACAAACAGUUCCAGUAGCAAUGAUGCCAUGGAGGAUGUGGAGAUGCUGAUGGAGAGGAUGAAACUGCUGCAGGAGUGCCAGCUGGAGGAGGAAGGUGUCACCCAGGAAGAGAUGGCGACUCAUUUUGAGAUGGAAAAGAGAGAGAGCCUACUUGUGACUCCCUCAGCAGACAUUGCUGAACACUCCCUGCCGCCCAAAGUCCUGUGCUUUGUGGAGGAUCCAGAGUUUGGCUACAAGGAUUUUACCAGGAGAGGAGAGCAGACACCUCCCACUUUCCGAGCCCAGGACUAUACGUGGGAAGAUCAUGGUUACUCGCUUAUCAACCGGUUGUAUCCUGAUGUGGGACAACUCUUGGAUGAGAAAUUCCAAGUGGUGUACAAUCUGACCUACAACACCAUAGCUAUGCACAGUGGGGUGGACACAUCCAUGCUUCGGAGGGCUAUCUGGAAUUACGUCCACUGUGUCUUUGGCAUUAGGUAG